AUAUAUCAUCAUUCUGCAAAUCGGACGCAGACCAGAAGAGUCUCUCAUACACAGACAGAUAACGAAAGGGAUAGAGGCGGAGACACGAGGCCACCGCCGCGGAUACUCACUGCUCCGACUUCUACCGUCCAAUUAAGGGAAGACUAGAUCGAAAACCCCUCCGAUGGCGUUGAAAUUUCUGAACAAGAAGGGAUGGCACACGGGGAGCCUUCGGAAUAUCGAGAACGUAUGGAAGGCCGAGCAGAAACAUGAUGCGGAACAGAAGAAGUUGGAGGAGCUCCGCAAGCAGAUCCAGGAGGAAAGAGAACGCGCCGAGUUUCGAGAACUCCAGGAACAAGCCGGACUCGUUCCGAGGCAAGAGAGAUUGGAAUUUUUGUAUGAUUCUGGAUUAGCUGUGGGAAAGAGUAGUGGGUUUAAGGCUCUUGAAUCCUUGCCCACCAAGACCGAUCCUCCUGAUUCAACACCUGCCUCUUCUUCUGCUUCCAAGCAGCCACAAUCAGCGACGCCUGGUGCCUUAUUUGAAGAUAAACCACAAUCUGCCAAUGAUGCUUGGAGGAAACUCCAUUCAGAUCCUUUGCUAUUAAUUCGUCAACGGGAGCAAGAUGCUUUAGCUCGUGUGAAGAACAAUCCAGUACAGAUGGCCAUGAUUAAGAAAUCUGUUGAAGCAAUGAAGCAAAAGGAUAAGAGUCAUGAUGAAAAAGACGGGGAGAAGCUCAGAAAGAAGCAUCAUCAUAAGAAGUCUAAGCAUCACAAAAAGUCAAAGCGCCGUAGUUCAAGUUCAGAUGAAGAUUCAAGUGAUGGGGAAGAACAAGGGAAGAGAGAUAGACAUGGGGAUCGAAAACACAAAGAUAUGCAGACUAGAGAGUCAGAUAAAGAUUCAAGUGAAGGGGAUUACCGAGGGAAGAGAGAUCGACAUAGGGACCGAAACCACAAAGAUAUGCAGACUAGAGAGUCAGAUAAAGAUUCAAGUGAAGGGGAUUACCGAGGGAAGAGAGAUCGACAUAGGGACCGAAAACACAAAGAUAUGCAGACUAGAGGGUCAGAUUUGAAAUCUGACGGAGAGCGUGGUGGUGAUUAUAGACGUAAGAGCAAACAUGAUAGUAAUAAUUACGGGCAGAGAGAAUCUGGUGAUGCAAGGGAGAGAGAACAUAGAGACUUUACACGGAGAGACGCUUCACCAAAGCGUGAAGCAAACAAACGCAGGAAUCCGGUUAGACUUUCUGAAGAAGAGAGAGCUGCCAGGCUGCGGGAGAUGCAGCUAGAUGCUGAGCUGCACGAGGAGCAAAGAUGGAAAAGGCUAAAGAAGGCGGAUGAAAAUGACGCGAAGGAAGCUGUUGGUGCUCACUCAACCGGUGGAAGAAAUUUCCUGGAUGCUGCUCAUAGAAGCAUAUAUGGGGCUGAGAAGGGAGGAAGCACCACCAUAGAAGAGAGUGUGCGGCGCCGAACGCAUUAUUUGCAGGGGAGAUCAGAAGCAACCGAACGCAAUGCCUUUAGGAGGUAGGAAGAUAAUAGUUAUCUCCAGAGUCCUAGAUGUUGGUGUGACAAGUUGAGUGUAAAAUGUAUGAGCAUGAAACCUUUUUAACUUCACAAAAUAUGUACCAUCCAUAAUUCCAUAUUAGUUGUUUAUGAGCAUGAACUCUCUGUAAAAUGUAUUGCCUGCAUUUCAUAAGAACACGGAAUUUAUGAAAGUAUAUGCAUGAUGCCUUCAUAUCUUAUAA